AUGAAGCUCAGUCAAAUUAUAUCAUUAUCGCUCAUACCAACGUUGUAUGUGUUGUUUGUGUUAUUGCUGGAGUUUGUGGAAGAUGCUGUGGCACAAAAUCCUGACCCACUUUUCCAGCUACCCGUGCAAUUGGUGGGCUUUCCAGUUAUUGUGUUGUCCGUGCGUUUGUCGCAAUUCGCUAAAAAACUGGCCUACUCGCUGAAUCCAAAUACCUAUCGUGCACGCACCAAACGCGAAAUUGCCGCAUCAGCCGCUUAUGAUGCCGAAUUAGCACAAAAAGAGAUCUUGCGGGAGUUUGGUCCACGCGCUUGCAUACUGGAGGAGCCUUGCCGUGUGCACGCCUCACGCCCGGGUCGUUUUGGUGCGCAAGAGCAUCCAGCAUGGAAUGAAAUAUUGAGAAACUACAGAGUUCAAUCAACCGGCAUGAAACAAUGGUACCUCCUCUCACUCUACAUUGGCGAUGCAGUGCGCGAUGUGCCACUGUGUCGGCACCUGGCCAAACGGAUGCCAUGUCCAGGCGUUGGACCAUUGCCGCCACCGCAACCACGUUAA